CUCUCUCUCUAUCUCUCUCUCUCUCUCUCUCUCUUCCUCUUGCUGAUUUUAUUUACAGUAUUUAGCGCCAUUGUGAACAAAGAUAGCUACCAUGGUAACCCUCAUCCCAGCCUCCAUCCUCCUUCUUCUCACUACCAUCCUCCACCCAACAUCGGGUUGCGAUUGUGCCGGGGAACCGAUCUUCUGCUACUCGGGAUUUGGGUUCAAAGGAACGGUUACUAAUAUCCGAGGCAACGUCACUACUCAAGGCAAUUUGAUUUACAACGUUCGGAUAUCCGAAGUAUACCGUAACUCAUCAGAGGGCAUUUAUGUUGACGACACAAUCGAGAUCAACACUAGGUCGAGCUGUGGUUUCACCGACUUGCAGGAGAAUGUGACAUACCUGCUUUCGGGAGAUUUCGUAUUGGGAAGCUACCAUCUCCAUGUAUGUCGAUCUAUCGUCGUGGCAUACAAUGACUACAUCGGUAGCGAGUCUAGUCAUGAAGACGUCGACAUUCCCUGCUCGGCGAGGUCGUUGAUGGCCUCCAGUGCAUUAGUCGUCUUCAUCGUCGCCCUUUUCAACCUUAUUUUCUUCCACUGACUUCAAGAUUAAGAAAAGACUCUAAAUAAAGAGAUUUAACCGAAGAAUAUCAAUAAAAUAUCUGAGACGUUGUUGAUUGAGUAUAUAGA